UCAGGUCAUCUAGCAUCUAUUCAUCAGCUACAAAGAUGGGGAGUCUUUCCUUAGCCGUCGUGUUUCUGGCUGCUGCCAUUAUUCAAGGGUGUCAAGCUGAGUCCGUACAGUACGAUGACCUAGACCGGUUAUACUACGGCAGUGGUGCUCCGGCAUGUCAUCAUUCUAAACCAGAAAGCCCAAGUGCCAUCGUUAUUAGAUACUGGCUCUAUACAAAACAAAACAAGAACAGUGCACAGGAACUGAAGAGAAAAGUCUCAAGCUCCAUCACCAACUCCAACUUUCAGUCUAGUCGCGGCACCAAGUUCAUCAUCCAUGGCUACACAGACGACUACAAGGCAUCUUGGGCUCAAUCGAUGAAGAACGCCCUUGUUGAUAAGAACAUGAACGUGAUAAUGGUUGAUUGGGAGGUAGGAGCGGGUCGUGUUAAUUACGCUCAGAGUAGAGCUAAUACUCGGGUAGUAGGUCAAGAUAUCGGUAAACUCAUCGGCGUACUGAACAGCAAGGGAGCGUCUUAUGGUAGCAUGCACAUCAUCGGCCAUAGUCUGGGGGCCCAUACUGCUGGGUACGCUGGCGAGUCCAGGUCUGGCAUUGGACGACUAACUGGAUUGGAUCCAGCAGGACCUGAGUUUACUGGAUAUGGCAGCGAGUGUACCAUCGACAAAUCAGACGCCACCUUCGUCGAUAACAUACACACCGAUGGAGAGUUUACAGGAGCUGGACUUCUUGAUCAGCUAGGACAUCAGGAUUUCUACCCAAACGGAGGAGAAUCCCAGCCAGGAUGUGCGGGUACAAGCAUUGCGGCAGCCUGCGAUCACAUGAGAGCUGUAUAUCUCUUUACAGAAAGUGUAUAUUCUAGUUGUAACUUCUCACCCACCAAGAAAUGUACUAAUUGGAGCAGCUAUCCAAACUGCAACAAUUGUGGCACCUGUCCGGAGAUGGGUUACGGUGCCUUGAAGAGUAAGGGCCAAGGAGCCUACUAUCUCACGACAAAUAGUAAAUCUCCAUACUGCAAGUAGAGAAGGUCCAUGAACUUACUAUCUCACGACAAAUGGAAAUGCUAUCUCACGACAUAUAGAGAAUAUCCAUUCUGCAAAUAUAGCAGGUCCAUGAAUUUACUUUGUCACAGUAAAAAUAGUAAAAAAUAUUUCAUUUCAAAUAUAGAAUAUCCAUUAUAUUAGUAAAUCCGGAAUGAGAGAUCCAAAACGUACAUUGAAAAAGAAAGAAAGGACAUCAACACAAAUUCAGGAAUAAUAAUACUACUAAUAAAUUCAUGAUAGACGUGUGUAAAAUCAUUGAAACCUCCGUCAGUGCAGGGAGGUGGGAAGCAGGCCAAUGGAAAUGAGACUAAAUAGUACGAAUAAAAGAGUUUAUAUCUCAUGUUACAAAUCUUUUAAAGCAAAAUAAAUUAGGGGAAGAAAGAAACAUGCCCAUACUUUAAGGGUUUUGAUCAAUUUUGAUAAGCCAUUUUAGAAGUCACAUAUCCAACCGAUGAGGGUUUUUUAAAUGCAACAAAUAAAAAAAUAAAAAAAUAAACAAUUUCAGAAUGAAAAGUGAUA